ACCCACACACAAGAAGGAAUCUAGCAGAGAAGGUAAUUUCUGCUUGCACAUAUGGGAUGGUCUGGAGUCUGGAGGGAUUGAGGAUUUCGAUUGAUUGACAUCACAAAGCUCCGUCUGAGGAAUGUGAUUUUCGUGCACUUGUAUUAGCGUCUCUACUGACGAGGAGGAGAAUCAAAUAUAUCGCAUGCUCUCCAUCGUGCUUCUAGAGCGGGCGGGCGUCGAUUCCGCAAGUUAAAUACAAUGUCUCUGCCCCCUGCGUGUUCGGCCACUUCCACGUCGAGGUUAAGCGACUCCGUGUACGAACUUUACAACCCAGGAGUUGAAUCGGUGCUGGACGUUGUAUUCUUUCACGGCCUACAAUCGUCACACACCUCUGUACCUCACUUAUCAACAUGGAUAUCAAGCGGUUCUCACAAGGAAGUAUGGCCGCAGACCUGGAUCCCGCAAGAGUUUCCGGGAGCUCGGAUUCUCUCUGUCCAGUACGAUGCUUCUAUCAGGACAUCAGCAGAGCAUGGAAGAUUAGACCUCUACCUCACAGCCGAAAGUUUGAUGCAUAAUCUUAUAAUUGCGAAGGUGGGGCAGCAUCCUUGGCGUUCAGUUAUACUUGUCGGUCAUAGUUACGGAGGCCUUGUGAUCAAACAAUUGUGCGUCCACGCACACUUCAGCGAAAGCUUGCACCGCUCUGACAAACAAAUAGCUCGCUUUCUCAACUCCGUCACAGGAAUUUUCUUCUAUGGAACGCCGCACCAUGGAAGUUCAUCAUUCUUCACUCCAAAUGGAACAAAACUAAAGGACGCUAGCCCUCUACUCGACUAUGUCAAGCUGCUUUGCGCAGAAUCAGGUCGCCUUCAUGAAAAUUUUGAUGCUUUACGUUUGUCCUACAAGUGGAGCAUUGCUGGAGUCGGAGAAUCGAGACCUACUACGUUCAUGCUAGAUGCAGAGUCUCGGAAUGCUGUUGCAGUUAGCCGUGAGAUGAUUGUAGUUGAGGCUUCAGCUCGGUACGGUGACUUCACUGUGGAGCUUGAGGAUCAUAUCUCUCUCUGCCAGCCCGAGAGCAGGACUUCAAAUACUUACAUACGGUUGACAUCGUUCCUGCAAAGCAAUAAGGUGAACAGGAGAAGACUUCCUGAUAAUCUCCAGACGGUGCCGAAAAUGGCUAUGAGCCUACAUUCUGACUUACUUGUAGAGGUUCAAAACAUUUUACGCACAGGUCCAGCAGCAGUUGCUCUUUGCGGCAUGGGAGGAGUAGGGAAAACAACUCUCGCAAAGCUGUUGUUCAAUGAGUUGUGUGCUGAAUAUGAAUACACUUGUUUCAUUCCGAGAUGUACGGACAUGAAAAAUACCAAGGAGAUAGAAGACAAAGUGUAUUCCUCGAUGCAUCAUCUUGGCAAACAGCUUACACAAGGAGUGGAAAAAUGGAAACCGACUGAUUUGAGACAGCAAACACUUCUCCUUGUUCUGGAUGACAUUGACAAUGGUAGUCAUGUUGCAUUUCUCCAGGACAUAGUUUCGAAGAACGAUUGCGCAAACAGUCGUUACAUUGUUACCUGUAGAGAUAGAAACAUUUUGAACAGUUUAGAUUCACGCGUGUUUGAUGUGAAAUUCUUGAAUCCCGAGAGCUCCACAAAGUUAUUUAUGAGCUACGCAUUUCCGUAUCCGACCGAACCGAGUCCUUCACUGAAGGAAUGGGUACACAAGAUCGUCGCGAAAUGUGAUGGACUACCAUUAACCCUAGAGGUGAUAGGCAAGUAUCUAAAGACGAAAGUCAGUGAAAGCAUAUGGAUGCAGUGUUUCCACGCUCUAGAUGAAGCAGAAAACGUAGUGAGUUUGGAUGACCAGUUAUGGGCAAAAUUGAGAGUUUCUUACGACCGUUUGGGUAGUCAAGAGAAAAAUAUGUUCCUUGAUGCUGCGUCAUUCUUCAGCAAUUCCACCUGGAAGCUUCGAGAAGCUAAGGCUUGCUGGCGUGUGCUCUAUGGCCUCGAAGAUCUCCGAUGGGAGACUCUGGUAGACUUGUCUCUUGUCUACAAUGUAAAGGAAGAGAAAAGUAUACAAAUGCAUGAGCAAUUGAGGUCUCUCGGAAUUAGGUUGGCUUCAGGAUGGGGAACAGGUGGCAGAUGUAGGACUUGGACUCCCAAAAAUGUUCCUUCGAGGUUUAAUUCCUCAAAUUACAAUGAGAGGAUUACAGAAGGACAGUUCUAUUCCAAUGAUCCAGGCUCAUCAAGCACUGGUAUGGGAACACCUAUUGAGGAGGUCAUAGCGCUACGACUUGAACACUCGAUGCUCCUCGACUCGAGAGAUAUUGGCCAGAUGAAGAAGCUGAAAUAUUUGGAUUCCAAGGAGUUGAUGUUGAAUGAAGUAGGUGGCAAGCUUCCAAAGAAUCUGACCCUUCUUCGACUCCGUGGAGAAGUGAACAAUCUUCAUAACCUGGUAGACCGAGGGCUCGCGAGAAGUUUGGCUGUUCUGGACUUGACGGCACCGCUCACAUGUUUGCCAACAACCGUCAGUGACUUUCAAAACCUUGAAGUUAUGAAAUUCGCAGGCUGCCUCUUCCAAUGUCUUCCCGAAGCAUUCGGACAACUUUCCAGGCUUUGUCAUCUUACAUUUACUUCGUGCGAGAUUUGUUCACUCCCCGAAGCUUUUGGAGGGCUCUCACAACUGCGAUCUUUGGAACUUCAUUGGUGUCGGAGGUUGGAAGCAUUGCCGGACAGCUUCGGAAAUCUGUUCAAGCUAGAAAGCCUGACAAUAGUUGGGAGUCAUAUCUCAAAACUGCCUGAGAGCUUCGGAAAUCUGUCCCAGCUACAAAUCCUGGAUCUAAGUGGGAAUGAUUUCUCAAAACUGCCUGAGAGCUUCGGAAAUCUGUUCAAGCUAGAAAGCCUGACAAUACUUGGGAGUCAUAUCUCAAAACUGCCUGAGAGCUUCGGAAAUCUGUCCCAGCUACAAAGCCUGGUAAUAAGUGGGAAUGAUUUCUCAAAACUGCCUGAGAGCUUCGGAAAUCUGUCCCAGCUACAAAGCCUGGUAAUACUUGAGAGUCCAAUCUCAGAACUGCCUGAGAGCUUCGGAAAUCUGUCCCAGCUACAAACCCUGUCACUAUGGGAGAAUGAAAUCUCAAAACUGCCUGAGAGCUUUGGAAAUCUGUCCCAGCUACAAAGCCUGGAAAUACAUGAGAGUCCAAUCUCAGAACUGCCUGAGAGCUUCGGAAAUCUGUCCCAGCUACAAACCCUGACAAUAUGGUGGAGUAAAAUCUCAGAACUGCGUGAGAGCUUCGGAAAUCUGUCCCAGCUACAAAGCCUGGAGAUACGUGGGAGUGAUAUCUCAAAACUGCCUGAGAGCUUCGGAAAUCUGUCCCAGCUACAAAGCCUGGUAAUAGUGGCGAAUAAAAUCUCAAAACUGCCUGAGAGCUUCGGAAAUCUGUCCCAGCUACAAAGCCUGGUAAUAGGUGAGUGUGAUAUCUCAAAACUGCCUGAGAGCUUCGGAAAUCUGUCCCAACUACAAAGCCUGAUAAUAAGAUGGAGUGAUAUCUCAAAACUGCCUGAGAGCUUCGGAAAUCUGUCCCAGCUACAAAGCCUGGUAAUAAAGGGAGAGAAAAUCUCAGAUCUGCCUGAGAGCUUCGGCCGUCUCGCUAGUCUGCGGGUCCUGAAGCUUAAAGAUAUGAAGAGACUCCAAGCCUUGCCGGAUACUUUUGGGCAGCUUUCACAGUUGUCGCACUUGACGAUGCUGGGCUGCAACAUCAUCCAAAAAUUCCCGGAAUCGUUCGGCAAUCUGGCCAACCUGUCCACAUUAGACAUCAUCGAGUGUCCCAGUCUUAACUACUUCGGGGUUCCGAAGAGCACCAAAGUAUGCAUUGAUAGCCGGAUGAUAGCGUUUGGAGUAGAACUUCACCUGGAGCCUUUUUUGGAGUGGUUGUGAAGGUUAUGUUACCAAUCAAUAUUCACAUGUUUUCUAGUGUGGAAAAAUAGGUCAAUUUCACUAGAAGAACUCAAGUUUUAGUUUUGUUCAUGUUCGAAAGUAGUUCAGUGAGUGGUGGUACGAUCUUUCCACUUGGUCGCAAUUGACCAUAAUUUGGUGAUUUGGAGGACGGGAGAAGUUUUGCGGACGUAAUCAAGGUUCUCGUGAGAUUGUAAUCUAGUUGUAGUUUGGAAGUGCAGGUGAGGGAAUCGCUCGAUUGUAAUGUGCAAGGAACUGGUAGAGGAAAAUUUGACUUCGGUUUUGGCCUUUAGACUGAGGCCGGAGCAAUCGAGUUGAUUUGCCUCUGUUUCUUCAGCAGUGGGCGGUGCCUGUUACGUGAGGAUCACUUUGUAUUGAGCAUGGAUGUUGGAGCCUUCGAUCCGCAACUGAACUUGAAUUCGCGAGAUGGGCCUAUCCUAGGGUUCAACUGAGAGUUGUUAGUGGGGCGGAAGUUUUGGGAUUUCUGUGUUCGGAUGGCUAUGGCUCUUUGAUCUAGAGUGGGGUCCCAAUUGUACAGUUCUGCAAAGGAGUGAUGAAAGCAGCAGAGAAAAGAGCGCUCUAUUUGUAAGCUUCGGAGUUGAGUCUUGGUGAAGAUUCAAAGUGGUGAACCUCGGUAAUCUGGCCUUUGGUGCUAAAUUGGACGCUGUCUUGUCAUCC